UGAUCAACUUGAUGAUGGAUGUGCCUUCGAAUCCUGAGUAAAAUGUCUCGUGACAUUCUAACGUCCCCUGGAAACGGAACGGUCUAGCCAUUUAGCUAGCUAACAAAAUAUUUACCGACAAGAACACUGCAGCACAGAUGAGUAAUUGUGACUAUUUGUAACCAACCAAAGACCAUGCCAAUAGUGUAUUGCUGUGUGGAAAGAAGCAACAUCAUCCUUGCUGAUCUUGCGCUCAGAGGUGGAAGGUUUCAGGAGGCAGCAUUGAGUUUUCUGAGACCGCUUCCGUUUGGAGCUCUCUAUCGAAGGUCCAUACAAUUGGAUGGGUUCAGAUACCACAUCCUGUCAGAGGAUGGCGUGUCCUACGUCUGUGUGACAGAGCUCAGCUAUGAAUCCAGGAGGGCCCAUGAAUUCCUUAACCAGAUCUGCAGUUUCUUUGCUAACAGCCCCCUGAUAAAGAAAGCAGCCUUUGCCCAGCCGUAUGAAUUCAGCUCUGACCUGCAUCAGGUGCUUGGACAGCUGAUGGCUGACUACAGUUCUCAACAGCCAGCCUCCUCUAAGCUGGACUCUGUGCAGGGCCAAGUCAACGAAGUCAAAGUUAUACUCAAAGACAACAUUAACAAAGUGCUGGAGAGGGGAGAGAGGUUAGAUGACUUGGUUGACAAGACACAUGACCUACAAGCAACCGCAGACUCCUUUCAGAGGACAUCCACGCGGGUAGCCCGGAAGUACUGGUGGAAGAACGCCAAGAUGAUGAUCAUCAUUGGAGUGAUAGUUCUGAUCAUUCUCAUCCUCAUCAUCCUGUUUGCUACAGGUGUCAUCCCCAGUUAAAUCACUUCACAGACUCCUACAGUACUACAAUAUCAACACGAGGAAAAGGACGAACCACAAUCACAGAGUCAUUUUUUAAAUUUUAUUUUAGUCUCCUCCAAGGCGGAUUCAAGGUGGAUUGUGCAUAGUAACGUGACAAAAUAUCAUUUCACAUUACGACUUCUGUAAAUAAGCUUCCUGGAAUUUGUUUGGUUGUUUUUGGAUUAUAUGGAUCUGUUCAUUUGAUAUUUAAUAAGAUACAUUUCAUAAUGUU